AUGGACAAAAUUGCUGAUUCCUUAAACCAGAUGGAAUCUCACUCAGCUCUCCCCCCCACCCCGUUCCCAUCUUUGCGGCGGGUCCUUCUCUUUCGCAUCGUUCUCCCCACCAUCAUCACCACCACCUUUCCCUCCUUCAGUCUCGGCUCCCACGCAUUCAGCUUCCAGCGCCUGCGGAUUCUGCGGGGCGCUCGGCUCCUUUCCCCUCCUGCGCGCAGGCCGGGGGCAGCCUUCGUGCCGCGCUCGGCUGGAAGCGAGAAGUUGGCGGGCAAUUGCAGCAGGGUGCGCCUCCUGCCCGGUCCCGGGCUCCCUGCAACACCACUAGCAGCAGCAGCAGCAGCAGCAGCAGCACUGCGGGCGUGGCCAAGCGGGAGGGACUGCCAGGGGGCGGGGCUUUCAGCAGCUCCAGAGAACGAAGUGGAGCUCCAGCCGGCUCGGGAGGCUCUCCCGACGUCGCUGCCGCUCGACGCUGCUUUGGAGAGUUGGAGGGGAACUGAUGGGCAUCGCAGUCCAGCCGCAAGCCGCUUGGGUGCCGAGCUGCUGCCGCCGCCGCUGUGGCCGUCGGUUGCCUUCGCCGGAGGCUCCCCAUGCGAGUGGUGGGAUCGCACUGUAAGAUGUAGAAUGCUCCCGGUGCCGAGAGCCGAGCGGCAGCAGCCUCUCCUGUGGCCCGGGAAUGCGGAGCCCCCAGCGCUUCCUUGGAUUUGGAUGGUCCCGAGCGCGGCUGGGCUCUUUCGGAUCAGGGGCGCUGCUGGCGUGGUGCCCCCGCCUCUGCUGCUCUCCUCGCCGCCUCACCCACCCCCACCGCCUCCUGCCCCGCUGCUCCAGGGGCUUUCAGGCUGGCAACUUCCCUGCGACCCUUUCCUGCCUUUGAUGGCACCGGAGCACCAUUCCGCCGUUCCCCAGCUUCCCUUUGUGAACGGACAGUGGAUGUUUGGAACUCAUUCCCCAGCCAUUGGAUUUUCACCAUCAUCAAACUUGGAAUUUGUUCCUCUUUUCCCCCAUGUGUAUACAACUACUGGGCCACCACAUUCUGGAAAAAGUUGGAUAGAAAAGAGGCUACCAAAUUGCAAAAUCUUUUUGAACAAUGCAUUUGCUCUGGAUUCAGCAUGGAUACACCCUGAGGAAGUACGGAUCUACCAAGGACAUGAGAAGCCUCUUGUUAUGUCCAAUCAAGUUGCUGUGGCUUUAUCUAGGCCAGCUGCUGCCCCCAGGCCUCUUCCUGCAAUGGUGUUAACCCCCCAGCCUAUUCCAGGUGGUUGCCUUAAACAUGCUGGCAGUAACCAGACAAUUGCAUUUGCUGCAGCCAUGGUGUCGGUAGAUGCGGAAGCCCCUCAGGGACCAUCAACAGCCAGUGUCCAGCCAUGUCAUGUGCUCACCUUGUCACCGAUCAAAAUACCAGUGUUGACAUCACCUUUCCCAGGUCGGAAACCCGAACUGGCCACGGUGGCAGAUUUCCUGCAGGCGAUGCUCCGCCAGUACGGAGAUCCCCUACGCGAGGAGAAAGCCGUCGCGGCCCUCCAAAGAAUAGAACAAGGCAACCGCUCCACACGCGAGUACGCUACCGAGUUCAUGGGCCACUGCGCGGCUGCCAGGGGCUGGAAUGAAGUGAUGAAGUACACCGCGUUCAAAAAUGGUCUGAACGCGAACAUCUUAGACCGGGCCCCAAAGAAGGCCAACAACGAGGCAGUGUGGAAUAAGGCCGACUCAAAUGGGGAAGAGCACACCCUGGACCAACCCCCAAACAACCCGCGGAGGACAGACGGGGAUAUGGGCUGCCUGUCAUCCACCUGA